AAACCUUUCUGAAUUUCAGAAACUUUAGCACAGCCUGUGACAGCACUAUCGCAUCUGAUCCUCGCUGCUGAUUUGAAGAGAUGUCUGAGUUAAGCUCCAUUGACAAUCCGGUGAAGUUUAAAGAUCAAGACUAUGACGCCCUGCUGCAGAAGUGCCUGAGAUCUGCCGUUCUCUUCUCUGACCCGGUGUUUGCAGCGAACCAAAGCUCCCUCGGUGUUCCAGUGGAUCCCGAUCCUAAAAAGGCAGUGAAGUGGCUGCGCCCAAAGGAAAUCACAAGUAAUGCUGUCUUUGUUGAGGGCACCAUGGGCACCACCGAUAUCUGCCAGGGCCAGCUGGGUAACUGCUGGCUGUUGGCGGCCCUGUCCUGUCUCACCAUGCACCCGACUCUGUUUGUGAGAGUGGUUCCAUCUGGACAAAGCCUGAGUGAAUCCUACGCUGGCAUCUUUCGUUUUAGGUUCUGGCAGUAUGGUGAGUGGGUGGAGGUGGUAGUGGAUGACAGGCUGCCUGUGAGAGAGGGCCGUCUGCUUUUCAGCUACUCUCGCACCACCAAUGAGUUCUGGAGCGCCCUGGUGGAGAAAGCUUAUGCCAAGCUGAUUGGAUCUUAUGGCAGUCUGAAAGGGGGAAUUAUCUCAGAAGGAAUGGAGGAUUUUACAGGGGGCAUUGCCUACUCCCUCCCUCUGUCUUCUCGGCCCCCACGCAUGUUCUGGAGGGCCAUCACUGCUGCCCUGGCUAGGAGCAGCCUGCUCAGCUGCUUCAUACAUGCUGCAAGUGUCAAGGAGAUUGGCACUGUGACAUCAGAGGGUCUUAUCAAAGGUCAUGCAUAUGCCAUCACUGAUACAGAUAAGGUCCAGAGGGCGUCUGAAGAGGUCUUAUUGCUGAGGCUGCGUAACCCCUGGGGCUUUGUUGAGUACUGUGGACCCUGGAGUGACAAGUGUAAAGACUGGGACGUUAUAGAUAAUGCUCAGAAGGCCAGACUUGAGUUGGCGAAAGUUGAAGAUGGAGAAUUCUGGAUUGGAAUAGAAGACUUUUGUCGGCUGUUUAAUACAGUGGAAAUGUGCAGUGUGAAUCCGGACUCUAUGUCAGGGGAGGCGAGUGAUGACACAGCCACCUCGUCCUGGACACUGAGCUCACAUCAAGGCACCUGGGUCCCAAUGUGCUCUGCAGGGGGCAGCAGACGAUACCCCAGAUCUUUUUGGAAAAAUCCUCAGUUCCAGAUGGUUCUGUCUGAGAAAGAUGUGGAUGAUUAUGAUUAUGGGGAGGAUGAAGAAGGGGAGGAAGGAGAUGGAGAAGACGAUGAAGUAGGUGUAGUGGUGGCUCCUGUGAGCAAGACUGAGAAACCGCGCGAGAGAAAGAAGAAGUGCACGGUGCUGGUGGAGCUUCUCCAGAAAUACCGCAGACGGAAAGAUCAAGUCAACUUUCUCUACAUCGCAUUUCACAUCUACAAGGUUCCCCCCGAGCUGCAGGAGAAACCAGGAUCUCUGGACCAGCAAUUCUUCUCCAACAACAGUCCAGUUGCUCGCUCUGGAAAGUACCGCAGCAUAAGGAGCGUGUGGCGGAAGGUGCACCUAGAGCCUGGCAGUUAUGUCAUCGUACCCUCCACCUACCGGCCCAACCUGCAGGGGGAGUUCUUUCUCCGUGUUUACACCAAAACCGGCAACAUACAGGGGUUCCAGGAUUUCCCCUGCACCAACAACUACUCUGUGAUGGUUAUGUCAAAGCCAGUCUUGCCAGAGGAUCAGUUUAGAGUGCAGAAGUGGUUUGAUGAAAAAGCUGGAUCAGAUGACAGAGUGAAUGCUGUGCAGUUCAUGAACCUGGUGAACUCAGUGUUGGAAAAAGACUAUGAACUUCCACUGGAGACCUGCAGACAGCUCAUCUUUGGGGAAGACACUGGUGGCAGAGGCCGUCUGAGCAGAGCUCAAGCAGAGAAGCUGCUCACCUCCCUCCGCAAUCUGCAGUCUAUCUUUUUCCAGUUUGAUGAGGAUUCAUCAGGAACCAUGAGUCCGUUUGAGCUCAGUUUGGCUCUGAAUGCUUCAGGAGUGGAGUGUGACAAUGUUGUGGUACAGUUGUUGUGGGAGAGGUUUGGCGCUGGUGAACAAUACCUGCCUUUCAACGGCUUUGUGUCUUGUGUUGCCAGACUGCAGGUGCUCUUUGAUCUUUUUGAGUCAGAGACCAGCCCAGAGGUGAAGGACAAGGGCAUCAACGCUUGGCUGCUCAAGCUGUUGGCUGUGUGAGCCUGUCCAGACCCGACACCUCAGCGGGACAGACCUGCUAGGCCAAGACUACUCUGACGUCAUCCACCUGGGCCUACGUCUCCUACAUCUCCUCCUCUUCUAUCUCAUUUUUGAUCUGCGGACCUUUGCCCUGCAGUUGCUUCCACCCACUCACUGCUCCAUCAGUUGGGGUCUAUGACCAUGUAGGUCAUUACCGCCUGGAUACAAAACAGACUUUUGCAUUUCAUCCCCCUCGCCCCACCAUACCACACCUAACACAAUGUGUUUGUGUGUGUGUUUGCAUUCCGGAUAAACAAAACAUUUAAAUUUUUUACUAGAAAUAUUUUACUUGUAAAUGAACCUUCUGUCAUCAUUUAUUCACUCUUAUAUCCUUCCAAACCCAUAUGCUUUUAUUUCUUCUGUCUAGCACAAAAGAAGAUAUUUAGUAGGAUGUCCAAGCUGCUCUGUUACCAAACGCAAUGAAAGAGAAUGGAGACCAGGAACAAUUGUGAACACCAUUCACUUUCAUUGUUAGAGAAGCUUGGACAUUCUUCUAAAUAUCUCCUUUUAUGUUACAAAGAAAAAAAUAAGUCAUAUGCAGGUGACAAAUCUAUAUUUCAAAAGAAUUCUAGCGCAUUUAUCCAUUUCAUUAGCAAAGCUGUCAGUUAAUGUUAAUUCAGUGUGAUUUAGCACCAGCAAAUAUUGAUAUGUGAUUAAUCAAAAUACCAUGCAAUUAACUCGAUAGAAAUUUUGAGUCACUGAUUGCUCCAAUUAUUAUCGAGGCUGUUUUUAUGUACGUUGAACAUUCAUAUCUGCUUUCAUAUGCUUUUAGAAGUCGAGCAGGACUAAUGCAUUUAAAGCAGGGGCUUGUUAUUAUGCUCAUGCCUGUAACAAGCAGGCUAAUUGCAUAUUUUUUCAUUCAUACAGCAUGAGUCGUACUUCCUCCUCUACUUUUUUCCCCUCUUAGGAACAUUUAUGUAUCUCUGCUUUAUGUCUUUAAAAGUUGAGAACGUUUUAUGCUUCCAAAUAUAAAAGCAGACUCAUAAUCUUUCA